AUGGCUUUGCUCGGCGACGACGGACGCGGUUACGAGUUGGCUCGGAAGUUGGAGGCAUGCGGCGUGUGGCACACCUGGCUCGGCGACACUUACUAUUCCUCUUUCGUUCACUCCCUCUCUUCGCCUGCCACGUGGGAGUCCUUCAUGCGAGCCGACCACACCAAAUCUAAGUCUCAGAUCCAUCUCCAACUCCGCGCACGCGCUCUAUUGUUCGACAAAGCCGCCAUCUCUCUGUUUCUUCCAAAUGAUGAUCCUUCUUCUGCUUCCGUCUCGAAGCUCAAUCCAAACUAUUUGCAGUUGCACGGCGAUGACUUGUACUUCACUCUGGAAAAUAAUUCGCAAGACGGGGUUCAAAUGCGAGAAACUAUUGGUUCGUCAAAUACUGUGCCGUCCAAGAAUCAGUUGAAAUCAGCUUAUAAUACUGGAACAAGAUAUGAUGAAUCCCAAUAUGAUAUGUUGCCCCAGAGAUUUCGGAGUGACGAAUUGCCGGAAACAUGGUAUGAUCGGUUUAUUGAGAAGUAUAAACUUAGUAGACCAUAUAAGGUAUUGCUGGGGCAACGAGAGUUGGAUAAACGUACCCCUGAGGGGAUGUCUGAUUACCUUAGAGUUGUUCAGAAACAUAAGAGAAGGCGUGUACCAUUUCUGGAGGAUCAGUGCACAGGCUCUGGAAAUUCUGUCUCGGAGAGUACAUCCAGCAUGCUGUCAGAUUCUGUUUCAGAUUUUGGUAACUCGGUUGAUGGAGACAUUUUUUUACCUGAAGCAAUGUUUUUAAUGAAUAGUGUGCCUCAUUUUGCAGUCCCGGCAAUUAAUAGAGAGAAAAUUAACCUAAAAGUAGAGUUGAAUGGGAUUCUUGAUACCUUGCCUCAGGUUAUGACCAGGAGUCCUGUUAUGAUUGAGAGGCUUGGUAUACAGCCUGAGUACCUUGGCAUGGAACAAGGAGGCAACUUUCAUCGUGGAAAAAAUGUUUCUGAAGGGAAUAAUAAAUGUCUUUCUGAAGAGCAAGCAUCACAGGUGUCUCAAAAGGUAAUAGCCCGCCUACUGACUGUUUCGGGAUUUGAUGGUGCUACUAAAGUCUCGUUGGAAGUGUUUUCUCAAUUGCUUGGAUGUCAAAUUCGUAAAUUAGGCGUUACCUUGAAAGUUCUUUCUGAUGGUUACAGACAACAUUGUUCUGCCAUUGAACUAAUUAGGAUGUUUCUUGAAGUAGCUGGAUAUAGAACUUUUGAGGUUUUUACGGAGCUUGUUAAGGAAGGUAGUAGGAAUACAGUGCCACAAACUCAGCAACAAGUACAUGGAAUGCAGCCACAAUCACAGGCGCAGCAACAGAGUACCCUUAGACUACCCCAGCAGAUACCACGACAAAUGAAUCAGCAAAUACCAGCAGGUGGUUCAACCUCAAAAUUGGCUUUACAGCUGCAGCAGCAACACUUGGAGGAGGAGGGGAAACGCCAACCAACCAAUACUCACCCUGGCAUGGAUUAG